GAUGACUUCUCAAAAUGGCGAUCUAAAUAGGAGUGAGGUUUGGUUUUACACUUUUACUGAAGUAUUUUGAGGACAUUUACACCGUAAUCAAUGGAAAAUUUUUCAUUUCAAACACAGCUUAUUUUCCGUUGCUUAUUAUAACACAAUAAGGGUCAACAAAAGCAUGCGCCACUACUAAUAUAUUAAAGAAGUAUAAUGAUUUAGGAUUUCCCCAUAUGAUAUAAAAAGAUACAACCGUAUGUGGUUUUGAACUAUGAGCAGUUUAAAACAACUGGCUGUACUUUACGGUGGAGAUGAGGUCGAUGAAGAGGAGGAUGUUUCAGCUGCUUGUUGCGCAAACAUCGGUAAACAAGGAAUAAAACGAAGCAGAGAAAAUGGCAGCAACGAAGUCGGGUUAUCCAAAACACAAGCAGCUGAGAAAACAAGUAAAAUAAAAUUGGAGAUUCCAACAGGAAUUCUGGACAUGUUCAAGGAACCAAGUAAUUCGGAAGAGUCUACCAGCGAGCACGAAGGAAGAAUACGAAGCUUUGAGCAUUUUCCUGGCAAUUGGGCGACGCACGUUCUUGUGCCUUUUGAUUUACCAGAAAGUUUCUCGGAUUUUUUGACGUCUUUAAAGGACGCGUGGCCAGGCGAGGCUUCUGAGCUACGCACGUGUGACGCGCAUGAUUUUCACGUGAGCAUUUCCCGCACAGUGCCCAUAAGACACCACUGGAUUGAACCUCUGAAGAAACUUCUUCAACAAGGAUUUCAGGGCAAACGCAGGUUCGUUUGUGACUUUCCCAAAGUUUCUACCUAUGUGAACGACGAGCAUACAAGAACGUUUGUGGCAUUAGAUGUUGUAAUUGGUGAUUUACAUCUAAAGGAUUUGGUACAAGUUGUCGACAAGGCAUUUCUGGAAUUUGGACUGCAAGAAUAUUACGAGGAACCGUCAUUUCACGCCAGUUUCGCGUGGUGUUUGGGAGAUGUUUCUGAAAAUAUCUCACCAAAAACUUUGAUAAAACUACAGAAUAUUCUUGAUUCUUACGUGGAAGAAAAUCAUUCUCUUGUGCUGACUGCAAGGGAGAUCCGAUGCCAUAUUGGAAACAAAGUGUUUCACUUCCACUUAUCGUGAACAAAAAAUAGCCCGCAUCGCAAUAUGUGUGUGCACAAAAAUCUGUUGAAAGAGUCUAGUGAUAACAUUGUGAAACGAGGGAUAACCAGGGAUCUGACUGUUUAAUAAAUGGAACCAAUAUUUAAUAAUUUAGCCAAAUGUACAUUUUUAUGAUAUAAUUCUCAAACCUGUCAUGAGAGAGAAGCUUAAU